GCAAAGCCGAAAUUCAAAAACGACGUUUCAAGAUGUCUUUUGAACGAUGAGUGUGUCCCUCCUUUAUGGCUCUCCCUCCUUUUCGCUGAAUGUGUGAUGGAUGAGUCGUGAAAGCGCCCCCAAAAUACUCCACAAUGUACUGCGCUCUUGACCUGCGUGUAGCAAUCUCUCGUAAUUUGAUUGCGUUGGUCCUGCUUACUCUCGGAUUCCAGAUGUGCGUUACCUCAGAAGCAACUGGGGUGAAGCGGGUUCACAAGGACUUAGGCCCGUUGGCAUUGCCGCCAUCAGCAUUUUCCGCCAGUUCUGUGUACAAAAACCUAUCGGAACAUCAAGCCCACAAGGCAAACCUGAACGUAUUUGCCUCACAAGAACAAUCAUCUGGAGCUUGGUGUCCGGGAUCACCAAUUCAGAACCAGCUCAGUGAGUGGCUACAGGUCACGUUCGACGCCCUGAAGAUUAUGCGAAUUAUUUUCACCGAGGGUCGCGGGCGCAAUCACAACGCAUACGUUCCGGCAUUUCUGUUGAGGUAUCAACGCCAGGAUGGUUAUCGAUGGUACGAUUACCGCAUGCGAAAUGGGACCAAAUUGCUCUACGCCAACCACAAUGGUCAGACUAUCGCAAUCACUCUGGACCCACCAAUCGUUGCGAAACGCUUCCGCCUCUACCCGUACAACGAGUUGGAACCACGAUUCAUGUGCCUGCGUCUUGCUGUCUACGGUUCCCCUUUUGAUGAUGGUGUUAUAGAAUAUGUCAUUCCUGAGGGAGGAAUCUACCGGCUUGACCCACGGCUCCAUGUCGCCUUGAAUGACACCAGUUAUGACGGAUCGUGUACUCAACCUUCGGUUUCCAAUAGUGCAAGUGAUCCCAGCACAUCCAGUGACCUUCGCAGGGCGUACUUUCACGGAGGACUAGGACUGCUGAUGGAUAAACAAUACUACGAUGGGCAGCUCCCCGAGUCUGAGAGCGCUCACAGUGUGGUUGGUUGGUUUCGUCGUCAGCAUACUCCUCCUUCUGAUCGAAUCACAAUGACGUUCAUCUUUGACCAAGUGCGAAACUUUACUAUGCUCCGGAUUCACACGCUGAACUCACUGAACUACGUGGCUUUGUUUCGCCGUGUACUGAUCCAGUUCAGUUUAGGCGGUCAGUAUUAUGACCGACGUUCGGUGCCGGUAAUGCAAGACAUCGUGCGCGACACUGAAAAUCGUGAGGCUCGAUGGGUCUCAAUUGAGCUGGGUUACCGUGUUGCAAGGUUUGUUCGUGUGACCUUGUGGUUCGACUACGAUUGGAUUGUGCUUUCCGAAGUGGCGUUUGAUUCAACUGUGGUCCCUAUCACCGAGACUGUCAUAAUGGAGAAGCAGUCUGAUCGUGUUUUCAAGCUACCUGACAUCGAGAUGCCUGAAUUCGAACCCGAACUAUUGUGGGGCGCGAUCGCAGCCAGCACUGUCGGAUCAUCGAUGCUGGAUUUCGGGUUACCAACAGAACCAACACCUCAUCGCGCUAUCGAUGGCAUAACGGAAUCGGUCGCAGCGAAAGAAUCCUUGGCGGGUGCCUCAGGCGUUUCGACAGGCAAACUUCGAUCAGCCAAUGCGCCAUACGUUGUUGCAAUCGUGUGCUGCUGUCUAGGCUCCAUAGCCUUUGCCAGUCUGCUUGUCUACAUGGUUUAUCGACUAAGAAGACUACGUCGUAAACGCUUGAAAAAGCUCCAAAAAGGUCAAUUGUUGGAUGGCGUAAAACAUCCAAAUCAAUUUAUAUUGACUAACCCACACCAGAAUGGCGGUUUCUUUCAACCCACAACCUCUGGGUCAUUUGUCACCACCAUCACCACCACCUCCCCACUGAUGACGCCGGAUGGUAACGCUAUGACUCCAGUGCAUUCACAUUUGCUUCAAUACAAUCCACUGAAAGCUGCCGCACCGACGUCGUUCAGCUACUCGAAUACUCUUAAAGAACUGGAAACUGGGGCCAUUGGCCAUGGAUUGACGGCUCCAUUGCUCAGCGCCCAUAACCUGGGCACAUCUAUUCAGCAUACAUUGCCUGAUGCAAUAGCCGUCACUGGCUACAAACCGUUUUCAACGGGUAUCGAUCAAGACAAACUGUUAACAUUUCAGCUAUUCCACCAUGGCUCCACGCCAGGUUCGAAUUUCUCAUCUCUUGGAGGCUUAACGUUGGCUCGCAGAGGCACAUCGGAUACAAGUGCAUUUUCCCCGUACCCAUUCGCCUCUGUGUCUCAGGCUGGAUUUAUCAAUUUAGCCAUGUCGGCGUCAAAGUCAGGUGAUAACGGUCAGGCCGCUCUGCCUUUCUGUCCUCCACCCCCGCCAGAUCAGCCAUUGCCUCCACUUCCACCUCCUUCGAAUUCCCCUGAUUCGCUUCAGCACCCGUCUUUUGGGGACAGAUUUUCCGGUCGAUUCCUGAUUGGAACCCAAAUGUCCUCAGCCGCGCCGUACGGUGCAUCAUUCCCUGUGCAUUCUUUCUCCACCGAUACCAGCCUUCUUCUCCCAUUGGACGGGUCUAUGCCUGAAUAUGCCAGUGCCUCACUAUUCAGUGGGAGUGGGAGCGUUCAACCUAGCCCUGGCCAACCGCCACCGGUCGGAUCAAUCCACUCGAAAGCGUCCGGCACUGAUCCAGAGGUAACAAGACCAAGGAUAGCCGGUGAAACUUAUUGUGUUCCACAUCAAAACAGCGCACAUGUGCCUUUCGGCCUUUGGUCCCCAACCAUGAAACAAGUUUCCUCUCAUAAACCUACCUUGAUGAAUACAGUUCCGCAAGCGUCAUUCUCCACUUUGCAGGGCGCUAGCAGUGAGGGACUGACUGGCAGUUUGGACUCCAGCGGCAUGUACUAUCUGGCUAACCCCAGCGACUCCAUCCAGCUUGACAUGCACAACCUCUCAAUCAAGGAUCGCAAUCUUCAGCCCAGGACGGUCUUUUUCCCAUUCUCUUCUGCUACUCCUCUAAUCCCCGUACAUGGGAUGGCGCUCAUACCCGAACUCAAGGCUGAAUUAAAUGGUGGCACGCGCAACCAUGAACGGAACGCCACUGAUACCGUAACGCCGCUGCAGAUUAACAGUUCAUUUGUACAUGAACAUUUUGUGGCGUCAGUUAAGAGUAGGAGCGUCGCUAAACCUGUGGCUGACCACACUUCCCUAGACGCAUCGAAGCAGCUCGUUUCAUCAAAUGUCAACCCAUCUAACGAUACCGCUACCAUGACUUGACAGUUUUCUACCAUGUUCUACCGAAAGUGAAACAUGCCCUGUGUUUUAGGAAUCCUUUGUUUGUGUUCGGAUGUCCGCGAAUCGUUCCAGUGCGUCGCCAAUUCAGUCUGCUCCACUUCAAUUUCCCCUUGAGCCACGUGUGAUUACUAAACUAACCCCUUUGGUUUCUCCUUCUAGUUCCCAGUUUGUUUAGGGUCGCUUGUGUAUGAUGUGUGAAUCCCCUGUUGGCGCCUUUCUGCCUAUUUUCAUGUCUUGUAUAUAGCAUUUGGUUCCGCUUCAGUCCCUUCAACCUUUCCGAUUGCCACAUUACAUCCAAGUUACCGAGAGCCCAUUUGACCUAGUGAAACUUCCUUUUUAAGCCCUUCAAAUUGUGCAUUUGGUCGCCAGCCAGCGAUCGUGUCGAUUACAAUCAGCACCCCACCUGUAAACUGAGCAUCUGCUCUUCCCCAGUCGUUGUUUAUUUGUUUGUUCACUGUUUUCGCACGCCGGCAUUUUGCACCUCAUUGCAAAACAACACUUGUGCACGUUGCCGAUACCAGAAUUGUUGGGCAAAUGGAGUGUCCACUGCCCUCAGGCGCCACCCUUGAACACUGCUGGCUGUGUUGGCGUGCGUGUGCGAUAUAUUUCCAAGAGAUGAACCCAGCGCCUUGGUCGUUUAGCCACUUGUCUAUGUGAACGGCUGGCGCCUUUACUGGCAGGUUGUACAUUAUUUCUCCCCUCCCGUCCAUUGCGCACACUCACAGCUAACUGUGAUCUGCCCGUCUGAUUUCUCAUGCAGCUGGUUUCUUCCCUUCCGGUUCGUGUCAACGUUUGUUUCCAUCUUUGUACAUGAUUCCGCUUCCAACCUUCUACCAGAUUUUUCGACCAUGCUCUCUCCUUGUUCAUCUAAAGCUAUCAACCCACUGGGAUUAAAUAUCUAACCCUUGCAAGUUGUGGAGGUGGUUUUAAUCAGGCACCAGAAGGUCUGUCUCAC